CACCCGGGGAGCUUUGCACCUCUGGCGAUUUUGGAGUUACCAGCUAGACUUUCUCCCUUGUUUUCGAUGUUUUGUAUUUUAAAUAUUAAUGCCGACAUUGACGUGUUUGUACUGAGGCUCGUGCCCUUUGAUUGUUUUGUAAACGGAACUCUGCUGCCCUGAGUUUGAGUUUCCGGCGGGAGUUUUUAUAGCGGUGCACAAACAGAACUCGCAUGUAUGCACACUGAACGUUUAAUUCAUAUUUAUUUCAUUCAUUAUUCACCGUAUUUCUCUGUUUUAUCAUGUCAGCAUCAGUGAUCCGAAGAGGGCUUGAGUUAUUCAGUGAGAAAGAUGGAGAGAAGCAUAAAAAGAAGAUGAGCUCUAAUAAACAGAGAGUUCACAAACAGAUUCGUCCAGCUGUGAGGAAUAAAAGCACAGUUAAAGACAAACACAUUAAAUCUGCUGUUGAUGAAUACAGAAAGAAACAAAAGAAGAGUCAGUUGACAUCAAACCUUGAAUAUUUUUUAAACGCUGAUUACAAAACACAAUCCAAGCACACGGGAAAGAUCAUAAAGCAGAACUCUGGACGUCGGGCUUGUCAUCAGCCAGAUCUUCCCGUCUCCAAACCUGAGGAGAAAUCCGUCUUCACUGAACAAGAGUUCCAGAAAUUUCAGGAGGAAUAUUUUUCCAAUCUUUAAUAUUCAUCUUUGGAUGAUCUCAGAAUCUCUCUUUCACUCCGUUGGACUGUGUAUAUAUUUUCUUUUCUGGGGGUUGAGGUGAUUUUUAUAAAAUAUUUCUGUAAAAGUGUUCUUGUCUGCUGAGUGUAUUUAUUAAGGAGGAACAUUAAGAUGGAGACUGGUAAUGUCUCUUAAGGCUGUUGUUGUCUCUCAUGUUAGCAAAGAAUAUGUUCCUCUGAAAGCAGAUAUCAACCAGCGGAAAACAAAAGCAGAAAGUUAUCUGGUUGAAACAAUAUUCUGUAGGGAUAUUUGUAACUUUAUUUUUAUCAGUCUUGAAGUGAACAGAUCUUUCAGAUGAGAUGUUUCUUUCAUUGUCUAGACUGUAAAACAUAAGUGUUGGGCCAUUUACAUUAAUCCAUUUAGAUGAAGCUUUUAACUAAAGUGAUUUAAGCUUUAAAUGUUAUUUGCAUUUGUGUUCCCUGGGUAUCAAAGCCAUUGAUAAUGCAAUGCUCUUACUAUUAAAGGGAUAGUUCACCCAAAAA